AUGCUAAAUAAGCUGCGCGAAAAGCUUUGCUGUGGUUGUAAAGAAAGAAGCGAUGAUACCGAAGAAAACUUCCGCCCUGCCGAUUUGUCUCAAAAGGGUAAGGAUAGGGUUGCGUCCGUAGGCGGCCAUUCUCGUGAGGACUCCAAGAAAGUGGGUGCCGACCAACCUGUCAAUGACACGAAGCAUGUAAAUGACGAACUAAUCCAAAAAUACUCGAAGACUCAAAACCCCGAGCAACAAGACGAAACCAAGUGCCUGGGAGAGUCCGAGCAUGAUGAGGUCGGCGCCGACGUGUCUCCCAUUAGCAGGCAACAUUCAAAAAGAAGCAGUCUAGAGAAGGACAGAAAAUUGGAUGACCCUGAGGACGAACCAAGGUUCUUGGAUGAACAGAAGAGUGACCACAAACAAGACAAAUCUGAGAUCCCUAAAUGCCCUGUGUCUGACAUGACGCCUGCAGAUGACGACGUGAUCGAUAGAAGCGAUAGACCCGGUGAUGCAGAUAUUUGGCAGAGGGCCUUUGACGAACUGAAUGAGAAUUCAAAGGGAAAGUUGCGCGAAGACCAAGCUAUGCCUCCGGAAAAUGCCAUCGAAGAGGUCAUAAAUAGAACGAAAGAGAGCUUUGAAGCGUAUCAAAAUGGAGGACUGAAGUUCAAGAAGUACAAUGGAAAAGAAGUCAAUGUUCGCGAGGUAGCCAAAAGGAUUCUCGAUUCGGUCAUUCACUGUUCAGAGAUUAUCAAAGGGAUAGCUGCCUUUGACCCUACUCAUCAUGAUAAGUAA